GAUUAUUUUGCGGACGACAAAUGAAAACGGAAUUAUUAAUAUCGUUCGAAAUUUCUAAACUGUGUACAAUGUCGACUGCAAACGUUUUAUCGUAAAUUUCAUACGCAUAAUAUUUGUAUCACCUUGUCGACCAUAGUCUUCUUCGUCAGUGUCCAUAUCUAGAAAUUCUCUAUGCGUAUCUAUCAUCUUAUCUGAUUUUUUUGUAGUGUCCGAUUUUUGCUCUUUCUUAGAACUCAUGAUUUACCGUGUAAUAUCACUAAGUAAAUUCGCACAAAAAGUAGGUAUGAUCGCACCGUCGCUCAACAGUUAACAACUUUGACUUUAAUUUAAGUGUUAGAUCAAUAUUAUCCGCGUUACGAUACUAAGAGUACUUCGGUUUGCGACAUAGACUUAUGUGAAUUAACAUUUAAAACAAUGCGAACGAAACAACACUAAAUAUUAAAUUCAUCAAGAAAAUUUUGUACAAUGCAAUCGGCGUCUAAACAGCAUGUAUUUGUCGGUUCUUUUGUUCAUACUAACGAACGUGGUAAAUUGAUCACCGUCGAUCAUGGUGCUAUAUACGUUGAGAAUGGAAAGAUUAAUGAUAUAGUAAUAAAUCCAAAAUCAAUAGAUAUAACAAGUGAGAAUGUCACUGUUCUCACUAAAACCCAAUUUUUAAUACCAGGAUUUAUUGACUGUCACAUUCAUGCAGUGCAACUUCCUAAUUUAGGAAUCGGAUAUGAUAAGCAGCUUUUGGAGUGGUUGAAUACUUAUACUUUCCCAUUAGAAAGGAAAUAUGCAGAUGAAAAAUUUGCUAGUCAAGUAUUCAAUGCAGUUGUAAAACACACUGUUGCACAAGGUACAACAACAGCAUGUUAUUUUGGAUCUCUUUAUACAAAAGCAUCUGUAAUUCUUGGACAAAUAGCAGCUCAUAUAGGUCAACGAGCUUUGAUUGGAAAAUUGAGCAUGAAUGUCGAAUGUGCUGAUGAAUAUUAUGAAACUACUGAAAAAUCUAUAAUUAAUUUAAAAGAAUUCAUAAAGAAUAUUAUUGAAUUAAAUAGUCCUCUUAUAAAACCAAUUAUAACACCAAGGUUUGCUUUAAGCUGUGAUAUAACAUUACUGAAAGAAUUAGGAAAAUUAGCCAAAGAAAAAAAUGUUCACAUUCAGAGUCACAUAUCUGAAAAUAUUGAAGAAAUUGAGGCUGUAAAGAUAAAAUUCCCUGAAUAUUCUUCAUAUGCUGAAGUGUAUGAUGCUGCUGAACUUCUCACAGACAAAACUGUAAUGGCUCAUGGGGUACACCUCACAGAUACUGAAAUUGCAUUACUGAAGAAACGUGGUACUUCUAUUAUUCAUUGUGCUUCCUCAAAUACAUGUUUGAAAAGUGGUCUUUGUGAUGUGCAGAGACUGAAAAAUGAAGGAAUUAAAGUUGGGCUUGGCACUGAUGUUGCAGGUGGUCAAAGUUGUAGUAUGUUAGAUGCAAUGAGAUCAACUUUGCAAGUAUCAAUUCAUCUGUCUCUUCUUAAGACUGAUUAUGAAGCACUUAAUUUUAAAGAUGUAUUCUACUUGGCUACUUUAGGAGGUGCAACAGCACUUGCAAUGGACGAUCAAAUAGGUAACUUUGCAAUAGGUAAAGAAUUUGAUGCUCUUAUUGUAGAUACAAAUGUAAAUAAUGGAUAUUUAAAUGAUUUAAGACAAUAUACUUUAGAAGAAAAAUUGCAAAAGAUAAUAUAUUCAGGAGAUGAUCGUAAUAUAAUUGAAGUGUAUGUAAGUGGACAUAAAGUUAAAUAAAAAUAUCUUUUAUACUUACAUAUUUUAUAAUUAUCCAAAUUUUAUAGAGCUUGAUUACAUUACCAAUGUUAUAAUAUAAUCACAGUCAAUUUGAAUUCUCAGUUGAAACAACUAUAAAUAACACACUUGUAAUAAGAUAAUGUAGCAGUAUGUUAUAUAUAUAUAAGU